GAAUUAUAAAUAUUCGCUUGAAUAUAUAUUCACAUGAAAAAAGGAAACUUAAACUUGUAUCUCGUAUUUAAAGAAAAAUUGGAUAUUUUGACCUUGAACCACAAAUUCGCAUGAAAAUAGGAGAUUUUUAACUAGUAUCACAUAUAUUCUCAUGAAAAUAGGAAAACCUAAGCUUGUACCACUUAUGAAAUAAUCUCGUUUACGAAUCUUGUCAAGCCAUAGAUAAAGAUGAACCGGAUAAAUUGUAUCAGAAUUGGAGGUACACCCACAAGAGAUUUAUUCUCAGAUAUGCACGGACGUCGAUCAGUUUUCAAUAAUGGUAUAUUAGGACAAAACAUGGAUCCCAUGGAUAUUCGAAUAGCAAGAUUACUGGCGCAGCAGAAUUCUCCGAUGGGGUUUGAAGAUGACUCUAGCGAUUCUGACGACUCGGAAGAUUCAUAUGCAGGUAGUUUUCAAACAAAUUCAGUACCUGCACAUAUUCGAGGUGCAAAAGGAGGGAUGAGGCCUCAACGCAAUCCUCAAACAACAAGAUCAAGUUUAAAUGGCGCUCCUACGAAACGAAGGAACUUUGAUGUUUCUAUUGACAUUGGUAAUAUUUCUCUGAAUGUCAAAAGUGGUAACCUGGCAGAGCAAGAGGCUGAUGUUAUAAUAAAUAGUGUUGCUACUGACCUCGACUUAACAAAAGGUGUUGGCUCAAGUGCCAUUUUUGCAGCUGGUGGUCAAGUUAUUCAACAGGAAUGUGAUGAUAGUUAUUCAGACGGCAUAUCGUACGGUGAUGUAGCUAUAACUUCUGGAGGCAAUCUUAAAUGCUCUAAAGUAUACCAUGUAGCUCUACCUAGCUGGAAUAACAAUGAACAUGAAAUACAAGAUAUCUUGAAAAAAUGUUUUGGCCUCAUGGGACAAUCUGGCGCACCGUUGAAAAGUAUGGUAAUACCACCACUAGGGUAUGGGUUUUUGGGAUUUCCAGACGAUAUUAUAGCAAGAAAUAUGAUCUCGACAAUUGUAGAGUUUGGGAAGAAUUCACAGAUCCAUCAUGCAUCAGUUUCUAUUGUAUGCCACAGAAGGCAACAUGUAAUAUUUAAGGCACUAAAGACAGAGGUUAAAAGAUUAACAGUGCAGCUACAUAUGGAUAUGUAUAAAGGCGAUCUCAAAACUCCUUCAUACUGGACAAGGUACGACCAAACAAAGACGCUAAGAGAAUGGAACUGUCACCAGAUCUCUGACAAGUGUUGGGAACAGGUUCAAGUAAGCAUAGAAGAACGCUCUGCAAUUGAAAAACUUGUAAUGGAUACAUGGAUGAAGCAGCUUGUUGGACACGGUCGCGAUUCACGGGGACUGAGUGCAUUAAAUUACUCGAACAUACAAAUUCUUGACGUAGAAAGAAUAGAAAAUCCAUUAUUAGCAGAAAGAUAUUUCCAAUGCAGAGCAACAAUGUUUCAUAAGGUUGGACAGUUAGAAAGAACUUUUACAAGACUUAAAGACAUUCCUUAUGCAAAACAAGGAGGUAUUUUGACCACGAAAAAAUCAGGAAAAACCUUAACACGCGAAAUGUGUCAAAUGGUAAAUGAGCAUUAUUUGUUCCAUGGUACAACAGUAGGGCGGAUAGAUGUUAUAGCAGCCCAAGGGUUUGAUAAUAGAUUGACUGAAAACGCUAUGUUUGGACCAGGUGUUUAUGCUGCUGAAAGUUCUACAAAAAGUGAUCAAUAUGCAGAUCCCAAAGAUCAUCGAGAUAAGAAACCAAAGAAAAUGAUACUAACAAGAAUGCUUCUUGGAGAGAUUUAUGUUACAGACCAGCCCCAAUCGUUUCAAAGACCACCAUGCAAAACCUGCAAGAAAGAUAAGUGUUGUGAUUCGUCACAUAAUGCCAGGGGGCAAGGAUUCUUCGAUUCCGUAGUUGUAGAUGGACAGUGGAACUUUAGAGAAUUUAUUGUUUAUAACAGUAGUCAGUGCUACCCUGAAUACAUUGUCACAUAUAAAAGAAAAUAAAAGCGGGAAAACCGGAAUGUUGCAUUUUAACCUGACAACGAAUUGUUUUGCUUUUUUAACAAUGUUAUUAUCUGUUAUAUUUUCCACACUUAAAGAAAAUAUGCGUAAUGCUGUUCUGUUGUGGUGUAUUAAUUUUUAGUUGAUAAAAAGCAAAAGGCAGAAAGUCAAUUUUAUUUUAGUCAUUGACCAUGCAACGUGGAUAUGAGUGUCAUUUAUUUUUCUUAUCUGGUCGACAGUUAAACGUUCUUAAAUAGUUGUUGUUAUAAUCUGAAAAGUCAACAACUCAUUAUUUAAUUCUCUAACAAACUCAAUUGUGUACCAAUAUUUUCAAAAAAAAAGCAUCAAUUCGCUGCAAAGGUUACACCUGACGAAUUUGAAGUUGAUAACAAUUAUCGCCAGCUCAGUAUGUUCAUUUUUGUUGUACUUAUUCAUUGGCGGAUCCAAAAAAAGGGGAGAUCCCCCUUUUUUUGGACGAUCAAUGCAUUUGAAUGGGAGCAUAUAGUCGGAACCCCCCUUUUACUCUGGGUUGGGACCCCCCUUUUUAAAAUGGCUGGAUACGCCCCUGUUAUUCAUAAACUAGGCAGUUCUCUGUUAUCAGUUAUCUUUGUAAAAAUCAGCGAUGAAUACAUAUAUACUAAAUAUAGAUAAGAUUUGCUUUAUUAUACACGAGGCAUUAUCCUAAUGGCCUGCAGUCAGAAAAAUACAUAUAGACUAAAUAUAGAAAUGAUAUUUUUAUUUAUAAAAAAACAAUUAUUCUUAUGUCUUGCAGACAGUAGACAGCAGCGAUAUAUAAGACUAAAUACAUAAAAGAUUUUUUUUUUAUAUAUAUAGUAAGAAUCAUCUUCAUGACAUAUGGGUGUUUUUGUGCAAUCUAGUUUAUCUGUUUAAUGAUUUAUGUGACCGGAUAUAAAAACCUUAUUUUGUCGAGGAACAACUUUAUUUCCCCUCUUUUUAUAUCGUUUUGAAUACAAGUAUUACAAACCUAUUUUAUUGGUAAGGUACAAAACAAGAAGAUUUUGUUUUGAUUCACGAUUAAAUGCUCACUUUGUCAAUAAAUCAGUUGUGUACGUAUAAUGUGUGCCUGUCGUCUUCUGUAUCUUGGCUGUAUUUGGCAAACGUUUAGGAAUUUUGGUCAUCAAUGCUCUCCAAUUGAAAUUACAAUCCUGGUACCUAUGAUAACAACUUCAAUGGAAUAACAACUACUAGUAUGGAGAAUUCGAAGAUUUUUUUUAUGUGUGUUCGAAGCGCUUUUAAUGAAUUUUCGUUCACUAAUAUCAAUAAUGCUGAUGAGCUGUCGAAAGCCAAACAAUUGUAUGUACUUAAAACACAAGAGGUGUAAAACCAAAGGGACAUCCAUAUAAUAGCAAUAAGUAAAGCACUUCAUAAGUUUCGUGCAAAGUGUUACCUACUUACAUGUACUUGUUAUUUUAUGAGAAUUUGUCAUAACAUGUAUAAUUGUAAAUCGGUCUGUACUGUGUACGUGACAAUCAGUUUAUCAUUUUAAAUAUUAAUAUUUAUAUAUACAUUUGAUAUUUUCAUAGUUUAUUCGAAUUUAUAUUUUUAGCUUUUACAAUACGUACAAGUCGACGCUUUCAAUAAUAACUUUCAUAACACAUCAUAUAUUUUGUCAUGCUAACUCGUUCAUAUGGCCUUGUUAUUUAAAACAAACUAAUGCCGGCAGCGGAAAGAGAUCAUGAUUUGUAAAGAAGAUUGUUAUAAAUAUUGGAAAACCAAGAAAUGCAUGCGCAUAACACUGAUGAGAAUAGUUACAAAUAAUAUUUUGUUCAUAUUAAAUUUUGAAAUAUUAUUUAUAAGCAGUAUUACAAGGUAACAAACAUAAUUGGGGAUUAAUGGCUUAGAAGGCCUUAUCAAAUGGGUUUUCAUAAUCCAGGGUAAUACUAGCACUUUCUUCAGAAAGAAUAGUUAAUAUGGAUUAAGUACCUUCGAGUUUUAACAAAUAUUCAUGUUUGAAAUGAAGCUUUUAUUGCUGAAAACGCGUAGAUCUUAAGUUAAACUUACAAUGACAUGGUUAAUCCCCCGUUAUAAAACGAAAAACGACAAAAUACAAACAAGUCCACAUGUUCUAUCUAGAAACUGAACAACUUUAACCAUAUCAAAAACUGGAUGGCGAAUCUCACGUGCUUCGAGAACUCAUUUUGAUUUUUUUUUUUUUUAUCAAGUUGGAGGUUUCAAUAACCUUUUUAGUGUGUGUUGUAUUUUUAAAUAAUUCACGAAUUAUAGCGUCUUAUUAUCGAAGACGGGUUUGCUAUUUUUCCAUUUUAGAGGGCUUAUAUAUAUCAAAGGAGUUUAUAUUAUUAAAUGUAAUUAUAAUAUAACGUUAUCUGUAAAGGAGUAGGUCCGGUAAGCACCGAUUUUGGCCUCAAACUUCAGGUUCAUCUAACGAAAGAUUUUGACCACUUUUUAAACAUAAAGUGUCUAUUUCAUUUGAAUCAAUUAGAUUAUGUGAAAGAUUUUAACUGAUUUUGUCAUUAAAAACGAUCUGAUUCAAGCUCAAAUAUGAAAAGUCUACCAAAUAUGCCUUAAAAUGUCACUUUUCAGAGUGUGUUUGUCAAAAAUGAAAGUGGCCACAUCCGUGUUCAUCCUCAACCUUUAUAUAUGUUAUGUAUUAUCAUAAAAUACAACUUACAUUUCAAUAUUAAAGAUGAACACGGAUGCGGCCACUUUCGUUUUACACGAAAACCGUCUAAAAUUUAACUAAAAUGCUAGAAUUGUGAAGAUUACAGUAAUUUAGCAUGACUAAAUUGUGCUGGUACCCGAUAUAUGUGCAUUGUUCUGUCAAAAACAGCCUAUAUUUAUGUAGCAGAAGCAUUCUACUGUCCAAUAAAUAUCUAAAAAAAUACAUUUUAACAAUUUUGUAAAACCGCUAUAUUUUGGGGGCCAAAAAGGGGUCUUACUGGACCUUAUCCUUUUGAUCUCUGUAAUGUUGAUAAGUUAUUUGUUGUCUUACAACCCUGUAGUGUCGUUAUAUGCCGUUUCUCCCUUUUGCAUCCCCAGGUGUUGAUAUCUCUGAUGUUGAGCGCAAUUGUUGUUGAUGAUUAAAGAAAUAAUUUAAACAUAGUUAAAGCGUAGACUGAAGACGUGUCACAACAAUAUUUCGUUGUAAGAUAAGUGUAUGUUAUCAUGGUUUAAUAUUAAAUUAUUA